AAAAGAAACAAAAUGGCGGCGUACACAGUCAGAAAAUGAAGCCUGACACUUUUUCGUUAUUGUAAGCCGUGAAAAACCAUAAACUGAAGCCUAGGAAGUUGAAAGCAUGGAGGGCACAGUCGCAGGAGUUAGGAUUGUCCCGCCUGUGGUGGAAUUCUUCGAUGCAGAGACCGACGUCGUCCACCAAAUGACUUUGACCGUGCAGAAUUUGAGCAAAUGUUCACGAAAUAUUCGUUUUCAUGGGCCUGCUACAAACAAUUUUAAGCUGAAGGCAAAGAAUCCAGAUCGCCCAAUUGCACCAGGUCUGGAGGUGUCUGCCCUUGUAGAGUACUACGGCACAAAGGCAGAAGACGCACAGGACCGGGUGAUUCUUGCUGUCGACAAUGAUGUUAUAGAGGUGCCACUUAUAGCUUAUACUCCUGCCUGUCAAUUAUCCUUGAGUGGUCCGGCCGACUUUGGUACGACAGUUGCCAAUGGCAAAGUCUUGACCUGUCAGGUGGCCAUCGUUAAUGAAGGCUCCUUAAGUGGUGAAUUUAAAAUCAAGUACAAUGGCAACCAGCCUCUGACAAUAAUGCCGACCUCUGGUGUUGUCAAGCCAGGAGCUAGUCAAAUAAUCAGGAUUGAGUUUAUAAGCAAGAUACCAGGGCCUUUCCACCAAAUUGCACAAGUCAAGCUCGAAGGGCAGUCCCCAGCUCAACUAGAGAUGUAUGGGCAGGUGGUGGAACCUUCUCUUGAGCUCCUUACACUGGACGGCAUGGAAAGAGUCGAAUGCAUCAACUUUGGCAGCACAUACUAUGGCACAGACAAGAUUGGCUCAUUUCUCAUAUUCAACAACAGUCCUGAUGUAGCUAACUUUGUGGUGAUAUUAGAGGAGGACGGAGAGGGUCAGGAAGUGGGUGUUGAUCUCACCAAGACUACCUCAGCAAUGCUGGAAUCUCAGAUCAACCCAGAUGAAGUUGGUACAACAAAUGAUCUGACAACUCUAGUGACAGCCCUACCCAGUCAAGGGACUCUUCAGCCGGGGGAGAAGAGGGCCAUCCACUUUUGCUUCAGCCCUCGCUUUACACGCUCCAGCAAGGGCUGGAAGACGUCAGACCAGCCUCCUCCCCGUAGGGACUUUGUACUGUUCAUGCAUAUUGAGAUAGUGGGCAGUGUGACAGGUGUUGCUGAGACCAGUGCUGUCCAAACUUCUGGAGGUCGAAGAGUUGAGGUGGGUGUGAUUGGUACAGCCCUCCCAGUCCUGCUCUCCAUCUCCCCAAGUCCAGUGUUCAAUUUUGGUGAAUGUCCAAUUGAUGAACAGAUUGAGACAUUGUGUACCAUCAACAACGAGUGUGCUAGUCUGCCGUUAUCCUUUGCUCUCAAUCGGGUGGCUCACUUCCAUGCCAAACCCCUUAAUGGCGAUGUUAACGCAGGCAAGUCAGCCGAUGUAUUGCUAGUAUUCCAGCCAAACCAGAUGGGUAGGUUCAAACCUAUUCUUCAGUUAGACGUCCUUGGAAGCAUUGCAGAUAACUUCUCACUUGGCGGAGAUCCAACAGCCACACGGAUGGUUCCUAUCCACAAGACCUCCAUUCAGCUGCAAGGCGUCGGCAUUCAGUCAGUCAAGGAGAUAAAACGCCCUAAGUCUGACCCAAUGCUCGUGGCACACCCUAAUGAUAGAGCUACGAGCAUCAGACCCGCUAAGCGCGAUGAGACAGUCAGGACGCUGUUCACGAAGACUGCGCGGUACACGUACGUAGACCCUGACUAUGCCUACACCGAGAGUGAAGAGAGAGAGAAAGAGCAACACAAGCAGUUCUACCUGGACUACAUCGACGACAUGCGCAAGAUGCGGAUAGCUUACGAGAAGAAAAGGGAGUUUAAAGAGCUGAAUAACGAUCAGGAUCUUGGCAUCAAAACCGGCAAAGGGUUGAGGCCGCCCAAACUUUCCUUGAGGGAUGUGCGGUCUCCUGAACAAGAUCCGCCACCAGUGAAAGAUGAAGUGAAACUUCUUAGCUCAAAGACACUCUCUUUGAAGAAUACUUUAUCCCUCACUCAACCGAUCAGCGAGGGUCUAAAUGCGGUGCCCAUGACAGACACAGAGAAAGCGGACUGCUCAAGGACGUUAACCCCACACCAACUGAAACAACUUGAUAUAGGUCCGUCUGUUGUUGACUUUGGUCAAGUAUGUCUGAGGAGCAUCAGCGGCAAAGAUCUCAUGAUCGUCAACAACCUUGACAGCUAUAUCCAUAUCAAUGCAAGGAUUGAUUGUAGGGAGUUGCGACAGACAUCGCCUCUUUCACAAGUUGUUCCUCCCCACUCCCUGGCAAAGCUCGCCUUGAUGUUCGAAUCCAACUCUAAGGGAAACUUUGAAAGGAGCGUGAACUACACGAUCAAUGGUCGCCACCACCAGCAUAUAGUCGUACUGGCCCAAGUCGUCACUGUAGACUUAGAACUCUCGGCGGAGUCCCUCACGGUCAAGCCAUGUCCCUGCAUGCUUAGCGAGUCGGGUCUGCAGGGGUCCAUAUCCCUUAUCAACAAGAGGAACUACCCAGCUGAGUUUUCCUGGGCACCAGUUCCCGACGGUAAUGGGACGGCUUUCUCGAUCAGGCCUUCCCAAGGGACCGUGGAUGCCUUCACAAACCUCGUGUGUCAAGUGACUUACAUGCCAACCUACUCGGCUCCUGACGAGACCAUCUUCCAACUACAUGUCAACAAUGGUACACAGAAGAGGUUGCAAUGCCUCGCAAAGGUUGGCUCUGCUCACUGCGCGUUUGUGGAGAGGCGUCUCCUGUUCGGCCCGGUUGCGCUCAACCUCACCACCACCAAGAGCGUGUCUAUUAAGAACACGGGGCAGAACCACGCCUAUUUCGAGGUAGUAGACACCCAUCCUAUUCGUGGUAUGGUCAUUGUCCCAAAGGAGGGCGUUGUUCCUGUUGGCGGAUCGACUGAACUUGUGGUUCACUUCAGCCCCGACACCAUACACAAGUUUGACACUCAUAUCCAAGUCAACGUGCGUGGAGGCAAGAUGAUAUCCCUUCGUGUGGGAGGGACUGUAGAGCCACCGUGUGUUGACAUUGAUGUGGAAACCUUUCGUCUUGGCGGCGUGUAUUGUGGAGCUUUGGCGACGGCCCCGUUCACAAUGAGGAACAUGACGCGCACCAGGGCGGAACUUGUCCUUGACAUGUCACGCUACAUGGACUUCACCCUCAAGUUCCUCGAUGCUGAUGAGGACGAGGAGCCGAUAUAUCGUGGAGACGGCAUCUAUUGUCUCGCCCUGGAGGGCCAGCAGUCGAUAAGUUGUGCGUUGGAGUUCUCACCUUCGGAGGUGGCAGCAUACGAUUUUAUCAUCCCUGUCUCCAUCAACAACAUCAUGGCACCUUCCCCUCCCCCCUCGACCUUUCCCCCCACCCCCACCCCCUCACGGAGCAACUGGACCAUCCCGGAACUGGACACCCCUGCCCCGUCCAUCAUGGGUAUAGCCACGCCCAGCCGUAGGGUGCUAGCCACGGCUCUGCGCCCACCUCUGCAGGUGUCCCAUACUCGGUUGGAGUUCUCGCUGCCAUCCGGGUACUUUGAUCUGGGUAUUGAGUCUGGAGCAGGAAGAGCUCAGGGGUGCAUGUUCGUCAAUAACAGCGACUCCCCUCUCUCGUGGACCCUCCACACCCAGGCGGCAGGGCCCCACCUGGAGGACGGCACCUUCAAGUUCCUACACAGGACGGGGUCACCCUUCACACCCUCUUCCGCCCGCAAGAAGAGCACCAUACCGUCUAUUUCUCUAGAGUCCGGGGAGACCUUCCAGCUCGGUGUGCUCUUCACUCCACCUCGCCCGGGUCUAUUUAUCGCACAUGUACCCGUCAUCCUUAACGAUGAUCGCGACCACCCGUACCGUAUCAUUGAGCUGCGUGGUGAACUGCACGCGCCCUCGCUCACGUUUGAGCCAGCGGUCCUCACCAUGACACCGGUCCCCCUGGAAACGCCCGUGACGGCAAACUUCUGCAUCGUUGCCAAGGGCUACAGGAAGACGUGCACAGUGUCGUGCGAAGCGCCUGCGGUUGAAAUGGAGGACGGAAGCCUCCAGAAUGUUCUAGAUGUGUGUUUUCCUGAUGGACAGACCAUCAAGCCAUGCUGCGUAGAUUCAGGCGAGCAUCAGGAUCCCUGUGUCAUACCAUGUCGCAUUACGUUCCAGUCCCCCAGUCCUGUGUCUUUCAGCGCGAUGAUCACGUUCACUGAUGGAAAGGACCGAUACGAUCUCCCAAUAUCAGCGACGGCGGACAAUUGCCUCUUGACCUGCUUUCACUUCCUGUCUCAGCACCAAACAGACUACCACGUGGUCUGCGCCAACGCACAGCAAGCAAACGUCCAAGAGAAGGACAAGGGCACAGAACAGCCAGUAGGGGAACCGGUGUUCAAGCCAUGUGUCACACCCAAUAGACCCGCUACUAUUGCAUCUACUAGUGCUACAAGUACGAGUUUUGGCAUCAGCACAUCAACUUAUCAAGAAUCCAGUAACAGUGAGUCUGCCUCCACCUUCCAAUCUACACCCCAACCCCCUGACGACAAGGGCGCGGCAAAAGAGGGUUCUGAGGUGUCCGAAGACAGGACCACCUACACCCUUGAUGAGCCGGCAGCAGAAAGCAAGGAGAAACAGUUUAUAUCUACUGUAGUCCUUGCUAUUCAAAGGUGGUUCUCCAUCCAGGGCUGGGCAGGCGGCCCAUUCCCCAUCUCCAUACCCCACUCUCUCAGCGCUGCCUUGCAGGACAUGUCCGAAGCUCCGUCCGGUAACACGGCCGCUACACGGACAACAAACUGGGACAGCAACAACAGGAAGGAGAUGCGGUCUGUGUUUGACUUGGUCACACAUCUGUGCGGUCGGCAGGUGCCUGGCAUACCUCUCGCCUCUGCCCUCCCGACUGAUCCUCAUGAUAGGGUGAGGCAGAUUCACUGGAUGUACGCCACACUACUAACCUUCCUCAGAACCCAGGGUGCUUUGCUAGCCCACGUGACACCCGAGAACCUGCUCUCCCCCGAGGACUACAAACGCUGGAGGAGGAUCCAACGGGGCAUGCGCGACACCGAUGCACCGCUGGACGAGGAGAUUGUUGAUCGAGAAAUGGCAGCGGCCAGAAAAGAGCUGAGCAAAUUCAACAGCGUGUCGAGGAGGGCGUGGACAGAUGUGCUGGCACAGAUCAUCAAGGUACUAGUCCUGAGCCGCGUGACGCCACAGCUAUUCAAGAAGGUACAGUCUCCAUUCAAAGAGCUGCCUCCCCCUGCAGUCAACCCUAAUCCACAGGCGAGUAACGUGUACAGCGUGGGGGAGAGGAUUCUGCUGGCCUGGAUCAACCAUCACUACGACGCACAGAGGCAGAGGGCGUGGCCAGGCAGCCUAGAUGGUGCUAGCCCCUCGUGCCGAUGGAUCGUGAAUUUUGAGUUUGACUUCAUGGAUGGCCUCGUGCUAGCCGCGCUGCUGGCGGCUUACGUGCCGUUUCUCGUGUCAACUCAUCUGCACUCUAUGUACCUUCACCCCAGCACAGCAGAACAGUGUUUACACAAUGUGCUUAAAGUGGUGGAGGCGCUAAGACACAUCGGUAUGGACUACGAGAUACAGUCAACAGACAUCACACAGCCUAACCCAAUCACCAUCAUGCUGUUGUGUCUCCACCUGUACCGCCGGCUGCCUCAGUACCUGCCGCGGGCUACCAUCGACUUCCAGGGGCCGCUACACACCACAGUCGUCAAACACGUACAACUGCAAAACCCAAGCGUAAAACCACUGACCUACCAGGUGAUCGUGGCGGGCAGGGACGCGUGUGACUUUACAGCAACAAUGGGAGACAGCGUGCAGGUGCCGUCUAAGGGUCAGCUCCAGCUCCCCGUCGAGUUCAAGAGUCGGUUCCUGCGACCUUGUAGCGCCACCCUGGUGCUGGUAGGGAGGAGGGUGGGGUCACCCUGCGGUAACACCUUGGUGUUCAACCUGGAGACUUGUAUCAAUAACAUCACACCCGUGGCGACGAUCAAGUGCGAGUCUCCCUGCUACGAGCUCCAGAAAGUCACUUUUGACGUCACUAACCCGUUCACUUCCGGUGGUGAGUUCAGGGUCGUCUUGGUCGAGGCCCAGUCUGCUUUUCCCGGGAGUGGCAGCUCAAGUACUACACCGCGGAAUAAACCUGCUAAACCGGCCAAGAAACCGGUUGUGGCGAGAACUGAUCAUGGGCAAUCGAACAAGUCCCAGUCCCCACGCAAAGAGAUGCCUCGAAUAGACACAGACAAGCCUGGGAGCCCGAAACUUGCCCAAGCCCCUCAGCUAAGCGCGUUCUGGUGUCCAGUUCCUUCGGUCCAUCUUGACGGGAAAAGCCUGAGCACCAUCGAGGUCCACUUCCUUCCCUUCUCCACCGGACACAGGCAAUGCUCCGUCCUCUUCAUCAACGACAAGAUCGGGGAGUUCCUGUACUCCAUCGAGGCCACAGCACUCCUGCCCCUCCCCUCCCUUCUCCCCAACAUUGACUCCCCCCACACCAUACGGAUCAGUAGUGCUGCGGCUGCGCAGAGAGGGAGGGGUACGUUUGGCGGUAAUGACAGGGUGGUGUACUGGAAGAGCGACUGCGAUGAAGUGUUUACAGAGGAGCUGUCUCUACCGCUGACCAACACUGCCAGGGAACACGCACUUGCGAUCGCCGCCCAACAGCGCAUGUCCGACCGCGAGUUCCAGCGCCGCCAACUGACAGGGACAUUAUCCAGUAGCACAGUGACGGCUCGCGUCGCGUCCAUGGGGCUUGGCGGUGACAUGUUCCUUCACGCUGCAGACCCCUCCAUAAAAAAGUCCCUGGACCUUGCUUUGACCAGGUUCAAUGUUGAGACGAGCUCGAAGUACUUCAAGACUCCGUCAUACGUGUCCAUCCCGACUGGUGCUGAUAACUCCAUGGAUUUAUCAAGAAAGCGAACGUCCAACAAUACUGUUAUGAUCCCUGUGACGUUCAAGCCGAAUGGGGCUGGACACUAUCCAUGUCAGGUUGUACUACGCUCUGCGCAUGACAUCAGGGUGUAUCAGGUCGAGUGUACAGUUAGUCCCGAGGGCUCAUCUCUCGAGCUAGAGUUCAACUCGCCCACUCAUCAGUCCGUCACCCAAGACGUACCAGUGGUGAACCACAGCAAGCAAGACUGGCAACUGACGGCGAUCCUUGAAGGCGAGGGAUUCUACGGACCGCCCGUCCUCGUGGCCAAGGCACUGACUACCACACACUACCCCCUGAUGUUCAGGCCCUUCUACGAGGGACCCACUCAUGGAAAACUGACUCUGAUCAAUACGAAUGACACGACAGAACAAGUGUACAACCUUCGUGGUACCGGAGAACGCCCGCUUGCUCUUGACAACGUGCUCAUUGAAUGCGAGGCGAGAAAGACCAUUACGAGAACCCUUCAAGUGCCGAACAUGACAUCCAAGAAACUGACACUCAAGGUAAUGACGGACCUUGACAUAGUGUCCGGCGCAUCCACCGUCACAGUCCUGCCCUCUCAGACCGCCGAGCACGUGAUCACAGUGUCACCAUGGCGACGGGGGGAGUUCAAGGGCGUCAUAUCAUUCGUGGCGACACAUGAAGUCGAGGCUGAUGCCAUCAGCAGCAGACCUCAAGAUUCGGACAGUGACGAAGACGAGCCCCCUGCUCCAAAUGGGAAUUCAUCUACGAGGGAUUCCUCGUCAGGAGGAACCAAAUCAGAGCACCAUUCUCAGCCCUACCGUAUUUGGUACUCUCUCGAGGUACAGGCCUCUGCUCCUCCACCUGAGAAGACACUAGAAGUCACUUGCGCAGCUCACUCUGCCGUUUCCGUGGAAAUCGGAGUUUCAAAUCCCACACGUGAGAAAGUGGUCAUAGAGGUCCUGCAUGAAGGUAUGGGCGUGUACGGAGACCCGUCAAUCACUGUCCAUCCCCGCCAGCAAGCCGUCUACAGACUCAAGUUCUCACCAACAAGCAUAGGAGACAUGUCGGGAAGCGUUAUAUUCCAGUGUCCUUCCUUGGGGGAGUUUUGGUACGACCUGGCCCUCAAGGCUACCGCGCCUUCGCCUUCUCACGUUCCCAUCAUGCAGUGCGAGAUUGGCAAGUCGACUUAUCAAAUGGUACGGCUGCAGAAUCCAACCGAAGAGGCGUUGGUGCUCACUCCGUACAUUUCCAAUCCGCGGAACUUCCGUCUCGAACUGGACCAGUCCAAUACGUUACUUCUGUCAGCGCAGUCGGUUGUAGAAAUUCCCCUCAAGUUUACGCCUUCAAAUAUCGGACACGCCAACCACUCUACGGAAAUCAUCUUCAACAGUGAGCAGCUUGGUGACUGGGUUUUCCUGGCGUCUGGCACUGGGCUGAUGCCUGGCGCGAAUGAGCCUAUCAACAUAUACUCUGAGCUGGGCGGGAACUCAUCUCAUAUAAUCCCUUUCCGCAACCCAACGGAUCAAGACGUGAUCGUGGACGUGAUGCUGAAAGAACGCACUCUAUCGCGCACGGGCUCCUUGUUUAGUACUCUACGAGAGGAGACAAAGACCCCCAAGGAAUCCACAUUCUGCCUCCUUCUCAAGGCACCAAACUCAAUCAGACUCGCUCCCAUGGAGGAACUAGCUAUCCCCAUAUCCUUUGCGCCGGAUACCAUGCAAAUGCACGAGGCAACGGUCACGGUCAUCAUGCACAGACACGAUGGCAGCCAAUCGGAUGACUUCACCGGCGUGACUGGCACGUGCCUUAUGAAUGAUCUCACGUGGAUAUUCCCAAUAAAAGGUAUACCCGAGUCGUGCCCAAUUCGUGACUCCCUCGCGCCGUGUAUCGAGUGCAAGGCCAGAGGAAGAGUGGAAGAGAAGAUCGAGGUGACCCUGACGGGCGUGGCCCCAAGUAGUGCCAGUACCAGCUACGCGUCCUACCUUCGCGCCCUCACUCCCAUACACGUACUCCCCAACGACUCGGACUAUAGCAUGGACUACAUUAACGUACCGGAGGAGUUCAGGUACGAAGUGGUAUUUGAGGACGCUGAAGGCCAGGCGGCGCUCGAGCGAUCUCUGGGCGUUAACCUGUUGCGGAAGGCUCGUAACCAGGUCUCCGGGGUCAUCAGCCUUCUCUUCAACUUCGUCUUCGCUCCCUUCAAACCCUUCAGCCAUCGCGCACAGCUCGUGGUCUCUGCCGUGACAGGUGGUGUGUGGCGCUUCCCUAUCCGUGUCCUAGCAACGGAGCCUGAGGUUGAUGAUGUCAUACGUAUAGAAGCCGCUGGCCUGAACAAGGAGGCUCUUGUUGGGUUCCGUCUUACUAGUCAGACUAGGCACAUAUUACCAUACGAGGCGUAUUUCGUGGCUGGCUCAGAUCCCGAGUUCUCUGUCUACCCGCCCACCGGCGAGCUCCAGCCGUACAACUCCGAGGGGACACUCAUCAAGCUGGGUUACCGCCCCACACUCUACGGCAAGACGCACAAGGCCAAGCUGGUCGUGCAGACUUCUGACAUGCAGUGGACCUACGAUAUAUUCGGUACCACUCCCUCACACACUCCACCAACUGGCCAAUCAAAAAUAGCCUCCAGUGCACAGUCUCAAAAACGAACCGUCAAGCAGAAGAGAAACUACGUGCUAGAGAAUCUGCGAUUGAAUAGCACAGCGGUAUCUUCGCCCCUGAAGGGCGCCCCGUUGAUGUCAUCACGAGCCAAUAGAAUUGCUUAAAUUCGGACAAUGCAACGUUGUCAUGAGCCAAUAAGAUGGUGUAUUGAGACAAUACAGUAAUAUCUGCUGAUAUCCAUUGGACAAACCUCAUAUUAGAAAGUCGAAUUUCUAACAGUUUAUUUUCAUGUCUUGGCAUAAGAAAUAUUAAAUAAACUUUUUGUAUAUAAAGAUGUGUGCAUGGCAGUUAAUGUACAUUAAAGUGAAUUAUUUUUUUU